AUGACGAAGAAAGACAAGAAGUCCUUCAACCAGAGCCUGGCAGAGUGGAAGCUCUUCAUUUAUAACCCGACCACCGGAGAAUUCCUAGGGCGAACCGCCAAGAGUUGGGGUUUGAUCUUGCUCUUCUACCUAGUCUUCUAUGGGUUCUUGGCUGCUCUCUUCACAUUCACAAUGUGGGUCAUGCUUCAGACUCUGAAUGAUGAGGUUCCAAAAUAUCGUGACCAGAUUCCCAGUCCAGGACUUAUGGUUUUUCCAAAACCAGUGACUGCACUAGAAUAUUCAUUCAGUUUGUCUGAUGCAAGUUCCUAUGAAAGAUAUGUUAAAGAUCUUGAUCAAUUUCUAAAGUCCUAUGAGUUAGAAGAACAGAAGAAUCUCACAAUCUGUCCUGACGGAGCACUUUUUGAACAGAAGGGCCCAGUUUAUACUGCGUGUCAGUUUCCUCUUCAGUUACUUCAAGCAUGCAGUGGCAUGACUGAUCGUGAAUAUGGCUAUUCCAGAGGAAACCCUUGUAUUCUUGUGAAAAUGAACAGAAUAAUUGGAUUAAAACCUAAAGGAGAACCAAGGAUAACAUGCACUUCAAAGAAUGAACAAGUGGCAUCUAUAUCAACUUAUCCUACCACAGGACUUAUAGACUUAAAAUAUUUUCCAUAUUAUGGGAAAAAACUGCACGUGGGGUACCGACAGCCAAUAGUUGCUGUCCAGGCAUUCUUUUCUCAGCUUAACGAUACCAAGAAAGAAGCAACAUUUGACUGCAAGAUUGAUGGCUCUUCCAACCUGAAAAAUGAGGAUGAUCGUGACAAGUUUUUGGGACGAGUUACGUUCAAAAUCACAGUGAAUGCCUAG